UAUCUGCAUCCGCUCAAGAUGACACUGUCAACUUCAACGAUCAUAUUACCACAAUAACACCGUCUUUUUUCACGUUAUUCCGAGUGUUUCUGCUGAGGAAUUCGCUGUGUGAGGGUGGUUAUUUUCCCUGCAUCAGUGUGUCCUCGAGGAGACAGGACGAUGUCAGAAGCGCUUUUCCUCACAUUCCAGUCUCAGCUCUCCCUUGUCAUGGAGACCGUCCUCAAGUCAGCCAUGUUUGAGAUCACCAGGCUGGUGGAGGACAGCUUCCUCAAGGAAGUGGGCAAUCGGAAACAGGAGCUGGAGGUCCUGAAACGAAGGCUGCAGUUGUCUGAGAGUAAACUGAGGGAGAGGAGAGAGAGAGAGAGGGAGCGGGAGCAGGAGCAGGAACGAGGGAGGAAGACACGGUGCCCGGACUGUGGCCGAACUGGAGAGUCCAGCAGAGAUGAGAGCCAGCCUGUCGAGACAGUCCGGGGCCUAAGCUUGAGAGAUCAGUCUACCAAUCAGCCUACACUACCUGUAGAUGUGUGGAGCGCCAGACAAACGCCUGGAGAUUUUCUGCAGAGGAUUCUGGCCAAUUCAGUCAUCCACAAUGAGUCCACUAGUGACUUCAAACCCACAGUGAGCAAUGUAGACAAAUCCGCCAAAGACUUUACUCUCUGUAAGGAAACUGACUCAAACACCUCAAGACUGUUACAAAGUGCUUCAGCUCAGGAUGCGCACGAGGACUUGCCAUCAUCUUCACCUAACAGAAAAGUAAAAACAGAAACAGAGCUGGAUCUUCUACCUGUCAAGGAGGAGGAAGAGAUGGUUCUGGUGUGGGACAGCGGUCAACAGAGAUGA